AUGAGAAUAAUCAACGAUACUUCUAUACUGUCCGAAAAGUAUCUGACAGUUGUCUGUUAUGAAGAUAUGACAAACCCAAAUUAUAUUGCAAAGUUAUCAGAAUUAUCAAACUCUUUGCACAAGCAAGGCUUGGAUCUCCACGAAGUAUGCUUGAUCAUGAGAUUUAAAAUGGAAUUGAAAACGAAUUUACAAGAAAUUGCCAUUAGCUAUCAAGUAUACAACACUAUGCCAAAGCUCAAUGAAUUGGUUCCUCGACUUUAUGAGAGAUUCGACUUAGAUUGUGAAAGCUCAAUUGACAUUAAAUUCAAUGAUUUUGGAGAUUUUGGAGAUUCAACAAAGAGAUGUAUCUCGAUUGAAAACUUUGAUUUCUUUAUGGAAAAUGAAUUCUUGGCCAGUCUUGAAAACGACUCUAACCCUGAUACACGUUUGAUGUAUGACAACCUUAUUGUUUGA